AUGGCGGCCGCCGCUGCAUCUGCUGCGCUCGACCCGAGCAACGGCUCUAAGAACACUCUUAAGCUUGAAAAUGUUCAGUUGCCCCUCCCCCUCCAUCGAACCGAGAAGCGUGAUACCCUGAUCGCAAUUGAGAAGAAGUACCAAGCACAAUGGAAGGAGAACAAGGUCUUCGAGGUCGAUGCUCCCUCGUUCGAGGAGGUCCCCCAGGGCUCCAUGACUGCUGACGAGAUGCGUGAGAAGCACCCCAAGUUCUUCGGUACCAUGGCCUACCCUUACAUGAACGGAACCCUGCACGCUGGUCAUAGUUUCACUGCUAGCAAAGUUGAAUUCAUGGCUGGUUUCGCCCGCAUGGAGGGCAAGCGUGCUCUGUUCCCUCUUGGUUUCCACUGCACUGGUAUGCCUAUCAAGGCUUGUGCCGACAAGCUGCGUGAUGAGGUCAAGAUGUUCGGUCAGAACUUUGAAGGAUACAAGGAGGAGGAAGAGGCUGCUGCUCCCCCUGCUCCUACCCAGGAGUCUAAGCCGGAGGUCAAGGAACAGGCCGAGAAGUUCUCUGGCAAGAAGAGCAAGGCCGCGGCCAAGACUGUGAAGAUGAAGUACCAGUUCCAGAUCAUGCUGGCCAUUGGUGUCCCUAUCGAGGAUAUCCACAAGUUUGCUGAUGCUAACCACUGGUUGAACCACUUCCCUCCUCUUGCUAUCCGUGAUCUUGACAGCAUGGGUGCUCGUGUCGACUGGCGCCGUCAGUUUGUCACCACCGAUGCUAACCCUUACUAUGACGCUUUUGUCCGCUGGCAGAUGAACCGCCUCGUUCAGUUGAAAAAGAUUCUGUACGGGUCACGGUACUGCAUUUUCAGCGCGAAAGACGGCCAGCCGUGUAUGGAUCACGACCGUACCGAGGGUGAGGGUGUUGGCCCCCAGGAAUACUCUGCUAUCAAGCUGCAAGUUAAGGAGUGGUCUCCUAAGAUCGCCGAGCUUGUCAAGGGCAAGGUCGAGGAGGAUGCCAAGGUCUACUUUGUUCCCGCGACCCUGCGUCCCGAGACCAUGUACGGUCAGACCAACUGUUUCGUUGGCCCCAAGAUCAAGUACGGUCUGUUCAAGUUGAAGGAGAAGGAGUACAUCGUUGUCACAAAGCGCGCUGCCUGGAACAUGGCUUUCCAGGGCCACUUCUUCGAGGCCGGCAACUUCCCCAAGACCCAGGAUCAGCUGCCUCUUGUCCUUGAGGCCCCUGGUUCCGACUUUGUUGGUACCUUGGUCAACGCCCCUCUGUCCUUCCACACCGAGGGUGUCUAUAUUCUUCCUAUGGAUGGUGUCUCAGCCUCCAAGGGUACUGGUGUUGUCACUUCUGUCCCCUCCGACAGCCCCGAUGACUAUGCCACCCUGAUGGACUUGAUUAAGAAGGCCGAUUACUACGGCAUCAAGAAGGAGUGGGCCGAGAAGGAGAUCCACCCCCUCAUUGAGACCCCUACCUACGGUAAUUUGACUGCUCCUACUCUUGUCAAGGAGCUGAAGAUCAACUCUCCCAAGGAUGUCAACCAGCUGGCCAAGGCUAAGGAUCUGGCUUACAUGGAGGGAUUCUACAAGGGUACUAUGAUUGUUGGUGAGUACAAGGGUGAGGCUGUCAGCGCUGCCAAGGACAAGAUCCGGGCUGCCCUCUACGAGAGUGGAGAUGCUUUCCCCUUCGCCGACCCCAUGGGCAAGGUUGUCAGCCGUAGUGGCGAUGAGUGUGUUGUUGCUUACCUGGGUCAAUGGUUCUUGAACUACGGUGAGAACGAUGCCAAAUGGCAGCAGGAUACCCUCGACUACGUUGUCAACGGCCUUAACACCUACGCUCCUGAGACUAAGAACGGCUUCGAGAAGAACUUGUCUUGGCUCAACCGCUGGGCUUGUGCCAGAACUUACGGUCUUGGAUCUAAGCUGCCUUGGGACGAACAGUUCCUGGUCGAGUCUCUCAGUGACAGUACUGUCUACAUGGCCUACUACACCAUUGCUCACCUUCUGCAUGGUGAUCGCUACGGAAAGACCCCUGGUCCCCUGAAUAUCAGCGCCGAUCAGAUGAUUGAUGAGGUCUGGGACUACAUCUUCACCCGUCGGGAAAUCAGCGACGACCUGAUCUCCCAGUGUGGCAUCAACAAGGAAUCCCUGGAGAAGAUGCGUCGUGAGUUUGAGUACUGGUACCCUCUCGAUGUCCGUGUCUCCGGCAAGGAUCUCAUUCAGAAUCACUUGACCUUCUUCCUCUACAUCCACGUUGCACUUUUCCCGCCUGAGUACUGGCCCCGUGGUGUUCGUGCCAACGGUCAUCUGAUGCUGAACGGUGAAAAGAUGAGUAAGAGUACCGGUAACUUCCUCACCCUGAAGGAUGCCGUUGACAAGUUCGGUGCCGAUGCUACUCGUAUUGCCUUCGCCGAUGCUGGUGACAGUAUCGAGGAUGCCAACUUCGAGGAGACUGUUGCCAACAGUAACAUUUUGCGUCUCCAUACCUUGAAGGAAUGGAUUGAUGAGGUCACCAAGGACGAGUCCCUGCGAACUGGCCCUGCCGAGGAAUUCGCCGACAAGCUGUUCAACAACGACAUCAACACCAUGGUCCGCGAAACCAAGAAGCAUUACCAGGACACCAACUUCAAGCUUGCUCUGAAGUCAGGUCUUUUCGACUUGGUCAGUGCUCGUGACUCCUACCGUGAGUCUACCGCUGCCUCUGGCGUUGGUAUGCACCGCGAUGUUAUCCUGCGUUACAUUGAGCUCCAGGCUCUUAUGCUUGCUCCUAUUGCUCCUCACUGGGCCGAGUAUGUCUGGCUUGAGGUUCUGAAGAAGUCCGAGUCUAUUCACUUUGCCAAGUUCCCCGUUGUGCCCGAGCCCUCUGCUGAGCUCUCCGCCGCUCAGGCGUACGUUCGCGGCACUGCCUCUGCCAUCCUCUCCGCCGAGGCCAACUUCACCAAGCGUCUGUCUAAGGGUAAGAAUCUGGCAUUCGACCCCCGCAAGGCUAAGAAGGUUACCAUCUACGCUGCCAAGAAGUACCCUGUCUGGCAAGAGAAGUAUAUCGACCUUGUUCGCGAUGCCUUCGAUUCUCUCACCCUCUCCAUCAACGACAAGGAGCUCAACGCCAAGAUCGGCAAGCUCGGUGAGAUGAAGAAGGCCAUGCCUUUCGUCCAGGGUCUCAAGCGCCGUCUGGUCCAGGGUGGCGAGGCUCCCCAGACUGUCUUUGAUCGCAAGCUUCCCUUCGACGAGUUUGCCAUUCUGUCACAGCUGGUUGGUGGUCUGAAGCGCUCUGCUGGCUACAAGGAGGUUGAGAUCGUUGCUGUUGAUGAGGGUGGCAAGACUGGUGAGGUCGUUGGUACUGGUGAGAAGAAGGAGGGCCUUUCAGCUGAAAACGCCGUCCCUGGCCAGCCUACCUUCUCUUUCACCAACAUUGAGUAG